AUGGAUCAAGGUUGGAAUGGACAAGCAGGAGAACCACAUCAACAAUUAAUAUUAGGGCAACAUGUAUCUGCUUUGAAUGAGAAAAUCAACGGAUUGGACGAGACAUUGGAACGACUGAUCCAAAUUUCUCUCUACUCUAUAAAAGAGAGUGAAGUAAGAAAUAAAAGGUUUGAGAUACAAAUUCGUCAUUCCAGUGAAAUAUUGAAUUCUAGGGUUAAUAUUGAGGUUAACCCCAUGGAAGAGAGGCAACAAUAUCACUGGUUGACUGGAUUGGGCAGAAAAAAUCAAAUAGAUUCGGCUAAGGUUGUUGGAGUUAAGCAGAUUGUGUUUGUGGGAUCUAUGGGUGGAACUGAUGUUAAUCAUCCUGUGAACAAAAUGUGCAAAGGGAAUACAUUGGUUUGCAAAAGGAAGGCUGAGCAAUAUCUGGCUGAUUCUAGCAUCCCAUAUACAAGUAUAAGAGUCAGUUUUGAAAACGAAGAAGGAGGUCUUCAAGAACUGAUUACAGGGAAGGAUGAUGAGAUUCUGAAGAUUGAAACCAAAACCAUACAUAGAGCUGAUGUUGCAGAAGCCUGCAUUCAGGUACCAGUUUCAAACACACUCUUCCUACUUCAAAAUAAGGCUAAAUUCAAGGCAUUUGACUUGGCAUCUAAACCUGAGGGAGCUGGUUCACCAACAAAGGACUUCAGGGCUUUAUUUUCCCUAAUCAUUACUCUUUUUUGA